AUGGCCGAUGGUUACCCCCGGUUCAAUCCCGGCGGCCAGUACCUUCCCUUCCAGAACCAUCCCCUACCGCGCGGUCUUCGUAACGGCAACGGUUCGCCACUUUCCAGCGCCCGUGGCCUGUUCUCACAAGUCAACGACACGCCCUCGCCGAACCGAUCACCGGGUACACGAUCACCUGCACAUACACAAUUCGGUAUGCACGGCUAUGGCGGCGGCAACCACUCCCGGCAGAUAGCAUCAAUCAAUGGUGGAGGACAUGCCAACUACCAGUCCGCGAUGGGGUUUCACGGCAAGUCGUAUGCGCCGAACCAUGGGAACCAGGUGCAUCACAUGAAUAGCCAAGCACAAGAACACGGUCAUGGCUAUCCAGGCCACCAAUACACGGGCUCAGGUAGCACCUUGAAUGCCAGCACUCCCCACUAUGCGCCGGCACAUCUCUCGAAUGGCACACCAGAUCAAUCGAAUGCUUCGAGUCAUCCACCGAACCAGCAUUGGCAGGAUCAAGAGGCAGAAUACGAUCGGCUGAAGAAUGCAGGGGAUAAGCCACAUUUUUAUGCAAGAAACUCUCCGCACGUCAGCCGCUUCCCAGGAACAAGUCAGUCGUCCAUUAGCCAACAGACGGAGCCAGGCGAGCAUGGUGAUCGUAGGAAGGUGCCAGCUUUUGCGGAGGAGGUUGAAGAGACGGGCAGUUGGGAUGCGAUGGAUCUGGGAGGGCACGGUCUUAGGAGUAUGGGUGCUAGUAUCUUCCGACACUACCCAGACCUGCACAAGAUAUACUUCAACCAUAAUCUGCUUACCUGGCUCCCACCCGAUAUUGGCUCGAUGAGGUCGUUGACAGUACUGGACCUAUCUUUCAACAAGCUGGACUCGCUUCCGGCUGAAAUUGGAAUGCUCACGAACUUGAAGAAAUUGUUGCUGUAUGGUAAUAACCUUCGAGAUCUGCCAGCCGAGAUUGGUACACUCUUCCAGCUGGAGACGUUGGGUGUGGUGGGCAAUAAUAUGCUGCGAGCGGACUACAUGCAGCAAAUACGCGACAAUGGCACUAAAGACUUCGUGCGGUAUCUCCGCGAGCAAGCAUCACCACCCGAAGCUCCACUCGCGCGCGACUGGAUAGACCUCAUCGAUCCGGAGGACACAGAGCCAGAGAAGUUUUCGGUCUGCAGCUGGAACAUCUUGUGCGAUCGUGCUGCUACUGCGCAAGCAUAUGGCUAUACUCCAUCAGAUGCUCUUGCCUGGGAUCGCCGGCGAAGUAUGAUCUUGAAUGAAGUGACUGACAGGAAUGCCGACAUCCUCUGUCUCCAGGAGAUUGAUGUCGAGAACUACAACGAGUACUUCCGACCGAACUUGGCCACUGAGGACUACAAGGGUGUAUUCUGGCCAAAGGGACGUGCGCAGACGAUGGGCGAAAGGGAAAGUAGGAUAGUGGAUGGGUGUGCGAUCUUCUUCAAGAACUCCAAGUACAUCCAGCUCGACAAGCAAAUGAUUCAGUUCAGUCGCGACGCUUUGCAGAGGCCGGAUAUGAAGGGUGAGGCCGACGUCUACAAUCGCAUCAUGCCAAAAGAUCAUAUCGCCAUUGUUCUGUUCCUGGAGAAUCGCGCCACAGGAUCACGGCUGAUUGUCGUUAAUACUCAUCUCGCAUGGGAAGGCUGGCAAGCCGACGUCAAACUCGUCCAAGUCGGUGUGCUAAUGGACCAACUCACGAAGCUGACGGAACGCUACGCAAAAUGGGAACCAUGCACAGACAAGGAACUCUUCAAAUUCGCCGCCAUGGACCGCGAGGACGGCCUACCAGAACCCCGAGUCGAGCACGCCCCGUCGAUGAAGUACGAUGCACCUACGCAAAUCCCUCUCCUUGUCUGCGGCGACUUCAACUCCCUAGGCGAUUCUGGCGUGUACGAUCUCAUUACGCAGGGAUCACUCUCCAGCUCGCACUCGGACUUUGGCGACCACAAAUACGGCGACUUCACCCGCAACGGUAUCUCGCACCCUUUCAGCUUCAAGUCCGUAUACUCGAAUAUCGGCAGCUGGCCUUGGACGAACUACACGCCGGAUUUCAGGGAGAUCAUCGAUUAUGUCUGGUACUCGACCAAUUCGCUGCAGCCGACGGGUUUGCUGGGAGAGGUGGAUCAGGAGUAUAUGAAGCGUGUGCCGGGUUUCCCGAACUGGCAUUUUCCCAGUGAUCAUUUGGCGCUCUUUGCGGAGUUUCAGGUUAAGGGGAGGAAGGAGCGGAAGGUGGUUGAGGCAGAUUUUGGACCGAGCUCGAGGAGGGAUAGGAGAGAUGGUUAG